GGAAGUAGUAAGUGCAGCAGUAGUGGUAGUAGUGGUGAUUGUAGAUUUGCUUGUUUGCAAGUGACGUUGCUGCUGGAGAAUGUCAAUGUUGUUUAUUUACAUUAUUCGUGGCCCGUUCGAGGCAUGACGCUCACCCACCACAACACCCACGUCUCCAAAGCUCGGCCCAAGGGGAUGACGGAUCAUGGAUUUGUCACCGCCAUCAGAAUCCCGUCCGGAUCUUGAAUCCCUCAAGUCGACUGCAUUUGUGGUGCACUUUGAAUCCCCCAAUGCUGCCAAGCGUCCAACUCACAGCAAGCGAAUGCGACAUAUGCGAAACUUGUCGCUCCCAAUUACUGGUCUUUAUAAUAGUCAGGUGAAUGAGCCAUCAGCAGCUCAUCCCAGUGGUGCGCCACGGUGUGCUGGUUACCAUUCAGAGGGUUAUUUUUCAAGUGACCAAGAAGAUGACUCAGCCCGGUCUCGUUUGCAAAACGUGAGGCGCCCAAGUUUAGGAAAUGUAGAAACCUGUGCUUUAUCUCCUAUGGCAGAGAAUGCACCAGGAAUCAAUGAUAGAAAUAACAAUGGAGACGAUGAGUCUGAUGUCUUGAGUGACACAGGAACAUACACCAUUGACAAAGAAACCUCAGACGUCAAGCAAGCACGAAAAUCAAUCUCCAAAGUGUUUGGAGUUCAUGAUGAGCAAAAAGAUGAAAACCAUAUUCAUGGUAACCACCAUGAAAAUAGCUGGGUGUCUGAAUGGGCAAGCCGCCUUGUGUCAUCACAUGGUGACCCUGCCCCCUCUCCAACAACAGAAAACAGACCAAUUUGCAGUCCAAAAUCCCCUCAGAGAUUAAAUCAUCUCCGUAAUGCUGAAGACCAGUUUGAGGAAGAUGAUUCUGCUUUAGAAACAGUAUCAUUUUUACGAACAACAGAAUCGGUUGUUAGUGCUAUGACUGCACGCAUGACAAAUAGUCUCUCUAUGGACUCUGGGGACGAAUCCUCUGAUAUCAGUGAUCCUCCAGGGCCCACCAUAAAAAAGCGCCUUGCACCCGUAACCACUGAAAUUGCAGCAAUACAAACAAGGCCCAACAGAGCUUUCAGCUUGCGGCGCGCAAGACUUGGCUGUGAUAUUCCAGUUGAAGACCGGAAGAAAGGUGCAAUCUUGGCCACAGAACCUGUUCAAGUCGCAUUGCCUGCACAGGUUCCCAUGCCGGCUCUUGUCACAGCACCUACUAAUAAACAAGGUCGUAAAGGCUCUGUUGAUUCAUCUCGCAGCUCGUCUACAUCUACCUCGUCCCCUAAAACUGCAAGUCCUAAGACUGCCAGCCCCAAAACUGCCAGCCCAAAAGUCUCUAGCCCUAGACCAGUCAGGGCAGAGGCCUUUGCUCGCACUGACUGUGGACGUUUUAGCAUGCGCACUUCAAAAGCUGCUGCUCCAAUGAUUCCUGUCAUGAAGAAGGAUGUUUCUCAGCCUAAAAGUGGUAAAAAAUUAGUUGGAGUUGGCACCAGCACCAGAAGUAACUCAACUCUUUCUUCAAGAGAAGUUGAGUUCCAAAACUGGAAGAGAAGGAAGAGUUACGACCCAAUGAAGGCUGCUGCUGAAGGGAAAAAGAAGGAAGUGGUGAAGAAACCUGCUAGUGCUGUUAAUACACCUGCCUCUUCUUCAUCUGCAGUUGCUUCAGCUAUUCCUACAGCCGCACCAUUGCCAAGCCCAACUUCAAGCCCAACCAACCAUGUUCUUAGGUCAGCAUCUUUUCAUGGCACCCAUGGACUCUUGCCUCCAUACAAUGAUUGUGAUUCUGAUGAGGAUGAAGAUGAAGAUUUUAGUCAAUCACCCCCUGGUCUUGCCACAUGUCCCAGCCCAGUGCAUUCUACUCCGCCAAUGCAACAGACCAUGGACAGUCUUGUUAUUGUAGCUGUAUCUGGACUUUCCCAAAAGCUGAAAUGUAGUUCAAGCAAUCUGCUCAAAAAGCUAAGGUACCUGUAUGAAUCAGAUAGCAUUGCUGCUGAGCGGCUGGAUAUGCAAAUACACCUCCUGGAAGAGGUUGAUAGAUCAACACCUACUUCUCCUAUAAGAAGUCCGUCCAGAGAGCUUUCAUCUACUUUAAGAAAUCUUAAACGAUUGGAAAGUGCUCUGCAAGUUUUAGACGAAGUGCUGUUUGAAGAUGAAGAAGACUUGGUGCUACAUUAAAUGCAAAUAUCUUUAUGUUAUGUUCAAUACGCUUCAAUAUAUUAUAUUAAAUUAUUCCAAGCUUCAAAUUUACGCUCUAUCCAUUUGUACAGUUUGUCUGCAAAGCAAUGUCUGUGCCAGCACAUACUUUGAUUUAUAGUAUAUGGAGCUAUGAAGCUAUGCUUAGCCUCACAACUGCUAAAUAAACCAUCGUUCAUGGCAUAAAUGAACGAGACUUGUGAAACGAAAGAAAUUUUCUAUAAAGACAAUGGAAAAGCUC